AUGAACCCAACGUUCUUCGUCGUUCUUCAUUCAGCCGCUCUAGCGUGCGCACACACAAUAUUUCAGAGGGUAUAUGUGGACGGCGUUGGCGAAGGACAUCUGUCCGGGAUACGGAUUCCCGAGUCCAACUGGCCUAUCAUGGAUCUCUCUUCGAAUGAUAUUAUCUGUAACGGCGGCGUAAAUCCCUACCACGAACCCGUGUCCCUCGCCAUCAUCCAAGUGCCCGCAGGGUCGACCAUCACAGCCGAAUGGCACCCCACCAUAGACGACGUCAACACCACCGAGUCAAUCCGGCCUGACCACAAAGGCCCCGUCAUCGCAUACCUUGCAAAAGUCCCGGAUGCCCUCCAAACAGACGUAGCAGGUCUCAGUUGGUUCAAAUUCUACGAAGACGGACUGUCCGACGACGGCAGCUGGGCAACCGACCGGCUCAUCGCCAACGCGGGCAAAGUCAACUUUACCAUCCCCAGCUGUAUCCAGCCCGGCGCCUACCUGCUGCGACACGAAAUCAUCGCCGUGCAUAAAGCUCAGACGUACCCAGGAGCUCAAUUCUACAUGGAGUGCGCUCAGCUGAAUAUCACCGGUCCCGGCUCGGUCGUUCCCUCGCCAACCGCGACCUUUCCCGGUGCCUAUGGGAGCACGGACCCUGGUAUCACUGUCGACAUUGAACGAUUGAUAAACUACACCGUUCCAGGUAUGCCGGCAGAGGGUUAA